GUUUAAAUACGCGUAUCCAAGCUUUUGGUUUCUCAGUCUCAGGCAUUCAAAACACUUAACUGCCGCUCUCGCGAUUUUUUCCUCUUGUAGUGAAUCACUGAGUUAAACUGCACGAUGACUGAACGAGUCCACCCCGGCGAUUCUCCGCCCACCUCCGGCGAACACUCGGUACCAAAACCAGCAACUUCAUCCCCCGAGAAACCUGCGCCACAACCUGGAACUUACGUCAUCCAAAUUCCCAAGGACCAAGUCUACCGCGUCCCUCCCCCAGAGAACGCACGCCGCUAUGCGCAUCUAUCCAAACGGAAGCCUCGUCGGAGCACCUGUCGCAGCUGCUGUUGCUGCUUGUUGACUACCAUCCUCGCUCUCCUCCUUGCCGCCGCCAUUGCUGCCGCUGUGAUUUACUUCGUUUUCAAGCCCGAGUCUCCAAAUUACUCCAUCGAGAGCGUUGCCAUAAAGGGAUUCAACUUGACGUCACCAUCGCCGCUCUCUCCUGAAUUCGACGUCACCGUCCGAGCACGCAAUCCCAACGAUAAAAUCGGUAUUUACUACGAGAAAGGCAGCUCCGUUAAAGUUUACUACGAUGGCAUUAACCUGUGCAACGGUGCGUUGCCGGCUUUUUUCCAGCCAACGAAUAAUGUAACGUUGUUCAAAACUGCUUUAAAGGGCUCUGGAAUUGAACUAAACAACGCAGUGCUCAGGACUCUUUCGGACCAGCAAAACAAAGGAGCGGUGCCGUUUAGUUUGAAGCUGAGAGCGCCAGUUAAGAUUAAAGUUGGGUCCAUUAAGACGUGGAAGAUUACCGUUAAGGUGACGUGUAAGAUAACGGUGGAUAAGUUAACGGCGGCGUCCAAGGUUGUGUCAAACGAUUGUGAUUACGGAGUAGAUCUUUGGUGAUGAUUGGAGUACAGUUGGUACAGUUGGAGUGUUUGGUUGCAGGGAUAGUGCGUCAUGAAUAUAAUAUUUUCCUUGUUUUGUGAUUUUUACAUCAUAGUAGUGGUGUACAUGAACAUGAUACAGAUUUUCAAAAAUAUUUUUAUAUGAUACGCUUCAUUUAAUCA